GGGGCUGCAAAGGGCUUGGGAGGCGUGCUAACUGCAUCAGCGAUUGAAGAGCAACUUCUCUUUUGCAAUCCUUGCUGGUCUGACAGGCUCCUGCAGAAUUACAUCACUUCCUAAAAAAACAGGCAAACACUUCUCCUUCAAGUUAGCACCUACCCAAACAAGCAGGAAACAGGAAAUGUUCACGUUUCAGGGAGGCUGAAGCCAGCGCAGCAUCGUGCGGGAGGGAGCGCCCAGGCCAGCUGACAUGAAGGCUCCCGGUGCUGCCCGCCUCUGUGCCCUGAUAAUCGCACUCUUCCUCACUGGCCGGGCUCAGGAGUCAGAACUGCCUUCUUCUGAGGCAGCAGAAGAGUCAGAAGGUGAGUCAACAGAUGUCACCCAGAAAGUGGAACCUACAGAUGAAGAUACUCCUGUUAUAAGCACAGUUGCUGCACUGACCACAGAAAUAGUAACUGAAUAUGAGAAUUAUACCAUCAUUGGUGAGGAGGAUACUCAGCUAGAGCUUAUACUGAUGGUGUUGAUCCCGUUGGUUUUCUUGGCACUCCUACUCUUAUCAGUGGUACUCAUUGUAAUCAACUAUAAAAGAAAAAAAGCUAAACAAGAGCUGCCUUCUAGCCAAGGAUCUCAGAGUGUUUUACAGACAUAUGAACUGGGAGGCGACAACCUGAAAGUCCCUAUUUUUGAGGAAGAUACACCCUCUGUUAUGGAAAUAGAGAUGGAAGAGCUUGAUAAAUGGAUGAGCAUGCAUAGAAAUGCCGACAGUGAAUGUUUACCUACUUUAAAAGAAGAAAAGGAAUCAAACCACACCCCAAGUGAUAAUGAAUCCUAAAACUGAAUGGUGCUAAUGUUCUCCAAGAGGAGCAGCCCGGGGGGAGCCCGCUGGGCCUGCCAACAGAGGAUGAAGAGGAUACAGGUUUAAUUAAUUUCAAAUCAACAUAGACACAAGAACCUUCUGCUGCUUCUCCCAACGCCCACUCUUCUGAAGGAUGGCAUCACCUGUACUUGGAAGAAUGUGCUGUUGAGAAGUCCAAGGAAAAGGCCUGGCUGACAUCCAUCGCCGAGGGUGGAGGAGCCAUAGGAUACAUUCGCCUCUAAUCAAAGGGUGUUCCCUCCUCUCAGCCAACCUCUCAUGGACUGCAUUCACUCUGGCCAUGCUCUCUGCGUCCUUGUUACCUUUCUGCCUCAUUCCUCAGGGUUUAAAUCAGGCAGCUGUUUUAUCUGUUUCCUUCUGGGUCACACUGUUACCUAAUUAGCUUUGGAUAAUUUCCUCUGAUUAGUCAAGUGGUAGGUCAACUGCAUUCAGCAGGAAGGUUUCUCAAGGCGAGUGUCUCACGCUCAGAGAAGACAGCAAACAAAGCAGGUGUUUUACUGUCUACACUAUCCCAGGAGGUUGGUAAACUGGCUUCUACCUGUCAGGAGGAUGCAGCGAGAGUCCACAGUCCUGAGAUGUUGUUUGGUGACCUGUGGACCCACAUCAGCUAGAUCGCGUCACUCUUGGGAACUUCUCAGAGGCAUGGGAAUCUUCGAUGGAAGAGCAAACGUUUUCUUUCUCAGCUAAAAUCCCCUACUUUGUCCUCAAAGCUCAUUUAAAAAAAAUAUUUUAUUGAUUUUUCACAGAGAGGAAGGGAGAGGGAUAGAG